UCCCAACGGUUUCACUCGCUGCUCCUCCUCACAAACACGUUUGAAGUUUUCUUUAUCAUUCUUUCUUUCUCUUCUAAAACAUUUAGUCAUUAAUAAAUAAUAAUGCCCGGUAGGCAUAAGAUGAAGAAAGAGAAGAUUGAAGAACUGGUUGUUUGAGCUUCCCAUUUCACCAGAAUUGCAGGGAAGCUCUCAAUCCCAGAGGACAUAAUUACUAGGGUUUCGUCAUUCUUUUUUCUUUAUCCGCUCAAUGUCACUUUCGUAAAUAAUGGCAGCAAGUUCAAGAGGUUUUGCUGCUCCAGUUGAUCUCAAGUUCAGAAGAUUUGACGCUUCUGCUCCUCUACUUCACCGCACGUUGGAUUUACGGAAGAAGAGAGGAAGGUGCAGAGGCGGUGCUGAUGUACAUCGAUUGACUCAAAUCGGUUAUUGUACUUCAGACUCCAUCGCUCCGAUGUGGACUAAGUCCUGUUCGGGUAAAAGCGUCGACAAUGCUGAUGAAUGGCGGUUCAAGCGCUCUCUUCAUAGAGUCCGUGUCCAAGCAAUGCCUGAAUUGCCCUUCGCCUCGCCUCGAAGACAUGGUGUUUCCAAACUAGAAGAAUUCUAUCCCCGGUGUUGCCCAAGAAACUCUGGUCCACAAUCUCGUGAUACUCCACCUAAAAGAGACACUGGCAUCGCUAACGAGAAGGAUUGGGGAAUUGAUUUGCUGAAUGAAAACAUCAAUGAAUCGGGCACCAAUGAAGAUGGAAGUACUUGGCAUCGGGAAAGCAUAGAGGAAUUGGGGGAAAAUGGAUACAGAUGUCGUUGGACUAAAAUGUGUGGUCAAAGCUAUGAUGGUUCCUCACAAUGGAUAGAGACGUGGUGGGAGAAGAGUGACUGGACCGGAUACAAAGAGCUAGGGGUGGAAAAAUCUGGAAAAAAUGCUGAAGGGGAUUCAUGGCGGGAGACAUGGAAAGAAGUUCUUUAUCAAGAUGAAUGGAGUAACCUGGCAAGGAUAGAGAGAAGUGCACAAAAACAAGCAAAAUCAGGCACUGAAAAUGCUGGAUGGUAUGAGAAAUGGUGGGAGAAGUAUGAUGCAAAAGGGUGGACAGAGAAAGGAGCAUACAAAUAUGGUAGGCUCAAUGAGCAAUCAUGGUGGGAGAAGUGGGGGGAGCACUAUGAUGGAAGAGGAUCUGUCAUGAAAUGGACAGAUAAAUGGGCAGAGACUGAACUAGGAACAAAAUGGGGAGACAAGUGGGAAGAUAAAUUCUUUGCAGGCAUAGGUUCACGUCAAGGAGAAACUUGGCAUGUGUCACCAACUGGUCAUCGUUGGUCAAGGACAUGGGGGGAAGAAUACUUGGGAAAUGGAAAAGUACACAAGUAUGGUAACAGCACUACAGGCGAAAGCUGGGACAUUGUUGUAGAUGAAGAAACCCAUUACGAGACUGAACCUCAUUACGGAUGGGCGGAUGUUGUGGGCAAUUCAAGCCAGUUGUUAUCAAUUCAGCCUCGGGAGAGGCCACCUGGUGUAUACCCGAAUCUCGACUUUGGGCCACCACCACCACCUCAAGGAGAUGACUUGACAGACUCCGACUCAUCUUCCCCUUCGCAAUGACGAGCCACUUUACAUGUUCUGUAUUUUCUUCUGAGCAAUCACAUAUUUAUUGAACUCCAUUUGGUAAACAACUUCAUUGUAACAUAGUGGAACCAUUGAAUUUCAUUUA